AUGGCGGCCCUCGGGAGAACCGGGCUCUUCAGGAUCCCGCUGAGCCGCUCCAGGAUUCCGGAUCUCGGCCGCUCCGGGUCCAGUCCGGUCCGCCGCGUGUCCUCAGUGCCGCCGCCGGGCACGUGGAGCUCCGAGCUGUCCCGGCUGCCCCACCGGGACCUGUACCGGCUCUCCGUCACCGACCCGGACCGGUUCUGGGCCGCCGCCGCCGACAGACUCUGCUGGAUGGAGCCGUUCCAGCGGGUCCGGGACUGCGAGCUCCGCAGCGGGAGGAUCGGCUGGUUCCUCGGCGGGAGGCUCAACGUGUCCGUGAACUGUCUGGAUGUCCAUGUGGAGAAGCAUCCAGACCGAGUGGCUCUGAUCUGGGAGCGAGACGAGCCGGGUACGGAGGUGAAGGUGACCUACAGAGAGCUUCUGGAGAUGACCUGCCGUCUCUCCAACACUCUGAAGAGUUACGGCAUCCAGACAGGCGACCGGGUGGCCAUCUACAUGCCCGUGUCACCCAUGGCGGUGGCGGCCAUGUUGGCGUGUGCACGUAUCGGCGCUGUGCACACCGUGGUGUUCGCUGGCUUCAGCGCCGAGGCUCUGGCAGGACGGAUCCAGGACGCCGGAUGUAAAGCUGUGAUCACCUGUAAUCAAGGUGUAAGAGGAGGCCGGACCAUCGAGCUGAAGGCCACCGUGGACGCUGCCUUGAAGACCUGUCCCAUCGUCCAACACGUCUUCGUCUCCCAGAGGACAGACAGACCAACAGCGAUGGGACAGAUGGACAUCCCGCUGGAGGAAGUGAUGUCCUCCCAGCUUCCUGUCUGUCCUGCUGAGUCUCUGGACAGUGAGGACAUUCUCUUCCUGCUCUACACUUCAGGCAGUACAGGAAAACCCAAAGGCCUCGUCCACACUCAGGCUGGAUACCUGCUGUACUGCUCCAUGACCCACCAGUACGUGUUUGACUAUCAGGAUGGCGACGUGUUUGGCUGUGUGGCCGACGUCGGCUGGAUAACCGGACACAGCUACGUGGUUUACGGCCCGCUGUGUAAUGGCGCCACCACCGUGCUGUUCGAGAGCACACCUGUUUACCCCAACCCAGGCAGGUACUGGGAGAUGGUGGAGCGUCUGAAGAUCAACCAGUUCUACGGAGCUCCCACAGCUCUGCGGCUGCUGCUAAAGUACGAUGACAGCUGGGUGAAGAAGUACGACCGCUCGUCUCUCAGGAUGCUGGGCUCAGUGGGAGAGCCCAUCAACCACGAGGCCUGGCACUGGUUCCACAGCGUGGUGGGAGACGGACGCUGCCCCCUGGUGGACACCUGGUGGCAGACAGAGACCGGGGGAGUGUGUAUCGCCCCUCGUCCAGCAGAGGAUGGAGCCUCCAUCCUGCCAGCGAUGGCAAUGAGGCCCUUCUUUGGGAUCCAGCCGGUUCUGAUGGGAGAACAGGGGGAGCCUCUGUCCGGUUCCUCAGUGAGUGGAGCUCUGUGCAUCAGGGAUCCGUGGCCCGGUUUGGCUCGGAGCAUCUUUGGAAACCACCAGCGAUUCGUGGACGCCUACUUCAGGCCGUAUCCUGGGUUCUACUUCAGCGGGGACGGAGCCUUUCGAUCAGAGGACGGGUUCUACCAGAUCACCGGACGGAUGGACGAUGUCAUCAACGUGAGCGGACAUCGGCUGGGGACGGCCGAGAUCGAAGACGCUCUGGAUGAACAUCCAGCUGUUCCAGAAGCUGCUGUGGUUGGAAUCCAUCAUGAAAUCAAAGGAGAAGUGCCGUUUGCUUUCGUGGUCCUGAAGGAGGACUCCAUUGACCGUCCGUCUGUCGUCCUCCAGCAGCUCAAAGAUCUCGUCUCCACAAAGAUCGCUAAAUACGCUGUCCCCGAACACUUCCUGGUGGUGAAGCGUCUUCCUAAAACUCGCUCUGGGAAAAUCAUGAGGCGGAUCCUCAGGAAGGUCGCCAUGGAAAAGAGCAACGAACUCGGUGACAUGUCGACACUGGACGACCCGUCGGUUGUCAUGGAGAUCGUGGAGGCUCAUGAGGCGUACAGGAAGCAGAGAAAAAAGGAGCAGAAGAAGAAGUUGGAGGACACCUGUAAGUCUGACAGCAAAUGAGAAGAUAGGAGGGGUCCUGGAACAUGAAUAAAUAAUAAACCUUAAAUCUGUUAAUUAGUAAAAGUCAGAAAUUUAAAAUCAAAGCAAAAAUUUAAGCUCAGAAGCACAACUUGUAGCAGAAAUUAUUUUUAUUUUCCACCUGUCUGAUGUUGUUCAUCUUUAAUAAAUAAAAGGAUUAUUUUACUAAUGUUAUUUUAAUUAUUAACGGUAUUUAACACAUUUUUAUCAUAUUUAAUGAACUGGCUGUGAUCUUUUGACAGAGUUGUGAUGGUUUAAAUAAAUCACAGAAAUAAAUUUUUACUGAUGAACACAAA